ACCCUGGCGCCUGCCUUUUAAGAAGCUCCUCCAUAAUCCCAAUCCCGCUUUGUUCCAGCAUUAAGCGCCCCCUUGCGCGAGAAAGUGAACUACAUUAUGAUUGCUGCUGACAACUCUUAUGUCGACGACGCGACUCUGCCAUCAGGGGACUCUCCAGAGUUGGUUCUAGUGCCAGCAACCCCGGAGGAACGUGUUGCAGCUAUAACGUUGAACAGCCCAGCUUGGAAGGGUCCCUUGGAUCUUGAGGCGUAUAUCGCACGAGAAGAUCACUUGGCCCAGCAAUCAUUGACCAAGGAUGGGUUGACUAGCUGGCUAUUGGUCGUCCGAGGCCAACCUGAAGGCAAAAGGACGAUCCUCAGCUCUUGCGAAACUUACAAGAAAAAGGCACUUUUGGCGCAAAACGGUAAGGUGGAAACUGUAUCCACCCUCAGCAUUGGCAGCGUUUUCUCGCGGCCUGAGUUUAGAGGCAAGGGGUAUGCGAAAAGAAUGAUGCAAGAAUUGGUCAAGAAGAUGGAUACAUGGCAAACGGAGCCCAAGGCAGCAAACAAAUAUCCUUUUAGUUUGUUAUAUUCCGACAUCGGAAAGAAAUUCUAUGCUCAAUUUGGAUGGAAUCCCUACCCUUCUGCACACUUCAGUCUCCCACCAGCGUCCAAGGAUGAAUAUGACCGAGCUAUUGUUCGAAGCAACCUCCCAAAGGCCAGAACCUUGGUUGCAGACGAUGUGCGUCGUUUCAUGUGUAACGAUGACAUUGUUCAGAAGGAGCUAGAUAUCCUCCGCGUCGCAUCUCAGAAAUCCCCAAGUGCCAAAGUAGCAGUGGUUCCGGAUUUUGACCAUUUUAAAUGGCACUGGGCAAGGGAGGAAUAUUAUACCAGGAUUCUUUUCAAAGACAGAGCAUCACCACUGAUAAAAGGUGCCGGCGAUGAACAGUCUAAGGUAUUCUGUGCGUGGAACAGGAAUUUUGGUAGCACACCAGAGGAAAACACUCUAUACAUCCUGAGGUGGGUGUACGACGAACCAACCUCGCCCGAGGAGACAGAGAAAACCGCAAGAGCCAUCGCUGCAAUUAUAAAACGCGCCCAACUCGAAGCGCAUGCAUGGAAUAUGUCGAAGGUCCAGUUCUGGAACCCAACUCCAGUGCUGGAGAGGGCCAUUGCCAUCCUGGACCCUACGGCACGGGUCAUCCAUCGGGAGCAAGACAGCAUAGCUUGCUUGAGAUGGACUGGCGCUGAGAAAGCCAAGGACGUGGAAUGGUUCUGGAAUGAGAAGUACGCUUGGUGUUGAACGCCGGCGAGAUUUGCGUUUCUGGGUGGGUAUUGCUAUCUGAUUAAUAGAGGGUUUGGCUAUCUAGAGUAAACCGGCUUGAUCAUAGAUGCGACGCUCGAGCAUCUUGCGGACCUAGCUUAGCGUUUCUGGCGUUUUUGAUUUUUGAACAGCUCGUGCCAAUUUCUCGUCUUUUUGGCUGCCGUGGCGGCGCUCGCAUCUGUUGAGACAUUUUUCUUUAUUUUCUGGCG